AUGAGGAUCAGGGAAUGUGGGUCAGGGAAUGUGGAUCAGGGAAUGUGGGUCAGUGAAUGUGGGUCCGCGAAUGUGGGUCAGGGAAUGUGGGUCAGGGAAUGUGGGUCAAUGAAUGAGGAUCAGGGAAUGAGGAUCAGGGAAUGUGGGUCAGGGAAUGGGGGGAAUGAGGAUCAGGGAAUGUGGGUCAGUAAAUGUGGGUCAGGUAAUGUGGGUCAGCGAAUGUGGGUCAACGAAUGUGGGUCAGCGAAUGUGGGUCAGGGAAUGUGGGUGACAAUGUUGGGGCUCAAGUUUCUCGUCUUGACCUUGAGUGUCGAUGUACUCACGCCAGUGGGCAGCUCACGUGUCGUCAUGUUUCCUGGGUUCCUCAAAAGUUUUUUCAUCCAACACGCCAACAUAGGCCAGGCUCUGAUCGACCUGGGUCACGAGGUGUGGAGUUGUAUGCCAGAGUACCUGAGUAGUUCAAACCUGGUCAAGUUCAAGGACAUCAAAAUCUUAAAGUAUGGGGAGGCGCUGGGAGACAUAGAGCAGCAGUACAUGCGCAAUACAAACUUUGCUGAUGAAUUCUGGGAUGGAAAAGACACCGAUUUAUAUCAACUUGUCGGGUUAGCAGAAGUAUAUAAAUAUUUUACCAGCGCAGUUUUAGAGGACAAAACUUUUAUUGACAACAUCACAAACUUGAAGGCUGAUUUUCUUGUCAUUGAUGGGCUUAUGCUUAUGAGAAAUAUUUUUGUUCUUCCAUACAAGUUGGAUGUUCCGUUCGCUGUAGUGGGAUUUCUGCACGACAUGGUGAUGCAUAGAGUGCCAUUCAGCCCUGCUGUAGAGCCAAUGUAUCCUUAUAAAUUUAACAACAGAAUGAACUUUUAUGAAAGACUAACCUCCACCUUACGUACGCUUUUAGAGCUAAGCUAUGACGUAUUCUCUGAUAGUGACAUUGUGACUAGAAUAGCACCAGAAAAGCCCUACACUACAGUUGGUGAUAUUAUAUUAAAAGCUGAAAUUUUUAUUGCCGAACUUGAUCACAUCCUAGAUUAUCCCAGACCAAUGUUACCUAACACAAAGUUAAUUGGUGGAUCUUCUGUGAGUGAGCCAAAGCCUUUGAUUGGUGAAUUUAAACAGUUUGUUGAUGAAACAACCAAUGGGAUUGUUGUUGUGUCUUUUGGAAGCAAAGAUAUGACAUUUCCUGUUGAUAUUUUGAAGACGCUCUCGUCUGCUUUCAAACAACUCGAGUAUGACGUCAUUUGGAAGGUCAACAUCACCUCUCCUGCGCCAAACAAAAUUCUGACGUCACACUGGAUUCCACAGAAUGACCUACUUGGUCACCCAAAGACCAAAGUUUUUGUUUCCCAUUGUGGUAAAAAUGGCCAAUACGAGGCUUUGUAUCAUGCUGUGCCUAUCCUCUGCCUGCCUAUCUAUGGUGACCAGUUCUACAACUCAGAAAGAAUUCGUGUCAAAAGCUUUGGACUUAUUGGCGACGUCAGGAAAAUUACAACAGAAGAGCUAACAUCUUCUAUCAAAGAACUCGCCCACGACAACAAAUACAAAAGAAAUAUCGAGAAAGCGUCCAAGCUAUUCAAAGAACUUUACAAAGUUCCAUCCAAAGAAGCCGCUUACUGGAUAGAUCACGUGAUGAAGUAUGGCGGAGACUAUAUGAGGUCAUCAGGACAGGAAAUGCCGUUGUAUCAAUUUCUUCUUCUUGACGUCAUCGCUUUUAUAGCAGCUGUUCUGUCUGGAGUUGUCGUUAUUUUUGUCCUCAUUGUCAGGUUUUGUUGCCGAUUGCUGUAUAAACACGGAAAAUAUAAACCAAAGACAGAAUAA